AUGGCUGCUCCUGAGAUCCCCAAGACGCAAAAGGCCGCUAUCUAUGACCAGCCCGGAACUGUGUCCACCAAGAUUAUCGACAUCGAUGUGCCAGAGCCAGGUGCAGGCGAGGUUCUCAUUAAUCUGACUCACUCGGGCGUGUGUCACUCCGACUAUGGAAUCAUGACCAACACGUGGGACAUGCUCCCAUUUCCAACGCAGCCAGGCCAAGUUGGAGGACAUGAGGGCGUAGGAAAAAUCGUCAAGCUCGGCUCCGGCACAGAAAACUCCGGCCUGAAGAUUGGCGACCGAGUCGGCAUUAAAUGGAUCUCCAGUGCAUGCGGAAACUGCCAACCCUGCCAGGCCGGGUCCGAUGGACUGUGCUUUAACCAAAAAGUAUCGGGCUACUACACCCCCGGCACAUUCCAGCAAUACGCACUGGGUCCAGCCAACUACGUCACCCCGAUCCCCGAUGGCCUGGACUCCGCCGAAGCCGCACCGAUGCUCUGCGCCGGUGUGACCGUCUACUCGGCUCUGAAGCGCAGCAAUGCCCGCCCAGGUCAGUGGGUGAUCAUCUCCGGUGCGGGCGGUGGACUGGGUCACAUUGCAGUGCAGCUCGCCAGCAAGGGCAUGGGCCUGCGCGUGAUCGGAAUCGACCAUGGCAGCAAAGCAGAGCUCGUCAAGUCCUCUGGAGCCGAACACUUCGUCGAUAUUACUCAGUUCCCCUCGGACGACAAGGGUGAAGCCUUGACCAAGCACGUCCACGGGUUGGCGGACGGGCUUGGCGCGCACGCUGCGAUCGUUUGCACGGCUGCUAAUGCUGCGUAUGCGCAGGCUUUGCCGUUGUUGCGUUUUAACGGUACUCUUGUCUGUGUUGGAAUUCCUGAGAAUGAGCCCAAGGCUAUUGGUUCGGCGUUCCCCUCCUCGUUCAUCAAUAAGCAUUUGACUGUUACUGGCUCUGCGGUCGGAAAUCGGACUGAGGCUAUUGAAACGUUGAAAUUUGCUGCGCGUGGGGUUAUUAAGGCCCAUUACCGUACUGAGAAGAUGGAUGCGUUGACUUCCGUAUUCAAGGAGAUGGACGAGGGUAAAUUGCAGGGUCGUGUGGUGCUGGAUCUGUCGGGUUGA